AUGUACGCAGCGGCAUGUUUACCGGCUGCCUCUCAAAGGCGAUGCCGGUUUCGCCUUAAGAGUAGACAGCUCGAUGCUCUCAAGGUUAAGAUAAACAUAUCAAAUUUUGCAGCAGCUAUUCAAAAUAAUAGAAAUAAUAUAGACUCGCUAAUUCAUAAAGAAUGGCAAUCACAACAAGACCCACAAGAACUAAACUUAAACGACAACACCCAAUCAGGUCCAAGUACAAGCAAGAAGAGACGGUUUUUUGAAAAGGUGGAUCCCAUCCCUAAUUUAAGGAUAUGUAAGGAAAUUUGUGAUACAAUAGUAGUGCAGGCAAAUGAACAUUUUGGUUUUACUACCCACUUAACAAUUGCAAGUUUAUUUGAUAGUGAAAAAUUUAAAGACUACCGAGUUUGUUUUCCAAAUGAGGACGUUAAAACUAAACUGUCUCCAAGUGAUAUUCUUCCGUUGCCUAUAGUUAUGCCUAAAACUUUGCAAAAAGCCGAAAAACGUAGACGUGGUAAAACUGCAAUUAUCACAUCAUCCCCAUACCUACUAGAGCUAAAGGAGAACUUGGAUAAACCAACUUCAAAAGCAGUAAAAAGUGUUAAACGAAAGUUGUGUGAAGAACAUAAUGCUAAAAAUAGACCCAAAAAAUCAAGAAAGUCUAGAAAAAUAUCUACAUAUUCGGAGAGUUUUACAGAAGAGCCCACAAACUACUGUCAGGAUGUUGACUCUGAAGAAUCCAUGUCCCUAGAUACCAUAGACAUAACAGCGUUAGAUAAAGACAAUGAAAAUGAAUUUACUUUGAUACACAAGGAUAUCGAUACAGGCGAUUUUUGAAUUGGUAACAGAAAUCACAAAGGGAACUAUAAAGAAAUUUGUUGAAAAAUUUAAAGGGCAGUUCUUGGAAAAAAGUUGCUUAUAUGCGAAACUAUCGUAAUCAUCACGACUUAUUUGUCUUUCCAAAUCUACCUGAUGAGAAAAUCUAUGCAAAAAAAUGAUGAAAAUUGGCGAAACUAAUUUCCACAAAGACAAGGUUCUAAUUAUUUUUUGUUGUUUUUUUACUGUCAAAACUUUCCAAUUUAAAAUGAAUAAUUCAAUAUAUUUUGUUAAUAUCUUUAUUACAUACCUCGAAGAAAAUUGUAGAAUAUCGUGAUGUGGUAUCGUUUAAAACUGAGGUUUCCUUUGGG